CUCACAGCCCCGCCUGCCGGCCUUGCCUCUCCUCACCCUAUACCUCCUUCGCCUGCACCUUCGCCUGCUCAUACCGCGUGCUCGCACUUGCCUGCCACACUUCUGCUGCGCUCUCACCUUGCCGAUUCCGCGCACCUCGUCGCGUCGCCCCGCCCGCCAUGCCGCGCCGCCGCGCCGACGUCGCGCUGCGCAGCGAGCCCGGCCCCUCGUCGGCACCGGCGCUCGAGCGCCGCACCAUCGCCCGCGGCGCACGCAUCGUGCUGCGCCCCGGCUUCGCCAACGGCCAGCUGCAGUAUGCCGCGCCCAUCGUGCUCGGCGACCAGAGCUUCUAUGUGCAGCUCGACACGGGCAGCAGUGACUUGUGGGUCGCCUCGACGGCGUGCAACACCGCCAGCUGCCGGCCAAAGACUGGCAAUGUGCCACGCUACAAUGCUGGAACCAGCACAGCGCAGCGCACGAACCGCGAUCUCUCCAUCACCUACCUGGCAGGCAGCGCCGCUGGCCCCAUCCUCACGACCAACACCAACUUUGGCGGCGCGAGUGUCUCGCACCAGGCCUUUGCGGCUGCGAGCGACGUGCAGUCGCAGCAGCUGGCGUCGAUGGGCGUCAGCGGCGUCCUCGGCCUGGCGUUGCCCGCCAACAGUCUGAUCCAGGAGACGCUGGAGGGCGCGGGUCCGUCGAACCGCAACAACAGCCAGACGGACCCGAGCAUGACGGGCAACAUCUUGCCGGGGCUGUGGAACAACACGAUCGCCGGAUCACGAUACUUCAGCAUCGGCUUGCAACGACUGCCGUCCGACGGCGGCAACGGCGAGUCGUCGCUGACGUUUGGCGGCGUGGACCAGGCGUACAUGUCGACGCCGGCGCAGUUCUCGUGGCAGGCCGCGACCGCAGACGGCGACGGCGUGACGCGCAAGUGGACGAGUCUGCUGACGCAGCUGCUCGUCACUGUCAACGGCACCGACGUGCCCAUCACCACGCCGGCGCUGAGCGGCGCAUUUCCUAAGGCCAUCUGGGACACGGGCGCGUCGUUCAACUACGCCACGCCCGCGAUUCUCAACGCGCUCUACGGCGCCUAUGGCAUCGGUCCGUCGAACGAUGGCAGCCGCGGCUACUACGUGCCCUGCGAUCUGCUCAUUCAGAUCACGCUUGUGAUCAAUGGCCGCUCGCUCUGGACGCACCCGCUGGACAACAACCUGCGCGGCGGGCAGGGCCCCGGCGCCAGCUCCAGCGGCUGCUUCGCCAGCUUUCAGCCGCUGCUCUCGGACAAUCCGCCGGCCGACCUGGUGCUUGGCGCGCCGUUCAUGCGCAGCGUGCCGACAGCCUACAGCUGCGACUCCAUCCUGGAGAAUCCGCCGCCGGGCGUCGCCACGACGCCGUGCGACCGGCCACAGAUCGGCGUCUUCUCGCCGUACGAGAACGACACGUCGCGCGCGGCGGCGCGCGACCAGUUCCACCAGGUGCGCGUGCUGGGCCGCAGCCUCGGCGACGACUCGAAGAUCGAGGCCGGCGUCGGCCUCAACAACACCGACGAGGCUGCUGGCCGCGGCCUCAGCUCGGGCGCACGCAUUGCCAUCGGCGUCGUGUGCGGCCUCGUGGCCAUCCUCUUCGUCAUGGCCGCCGUCGUGCUCUUCUACAAGCGGCGACGCGCCCGCAGGAACGCCCUCGCUGGAGGUCGGCCCGGCGAAAAGGAGGCGGACGACCCGUUCCUCACGGCGCCAAACGUCUCGGCCAAGGAGCGUGCGGCGCAGCGCGAGCUGCUCAUCCUCAAUGGCCGCCUGCCCGAAGAGGUCAUUGGUCCCGCCGACGACCAAGGCAACGGGCUCGCGGCGCCCACAGCCGACUGGGACACGGGCUCCAAGGGGUACUGGGAGGCGCGUGCCGUGGCCAACGACUGGAAGCGGCGCAUGAAGGACGAGGAGGACGCCGCGGCGGGCGUCACGGGCCUGGCGGGCAACCGCGGCAGCGGCUCGUCGCAUGCCUCCAACUCCAGCGCGCGCCGCCCGAGCAUCGCGCGCAUGAAGUCGGGCGAGGAGGAGUACGAGAUGUCCGACGCCGGCAGCACCGCGGCGCUGCAGGGCAUCUCGCGCCGACCCGACGACCACCUCUAGUUCCUGUGCCCCCUACUUCCACUUUCUCGCUCUCUCUCUUGCUGUACUCUUGUCUCUCUCUCUCCAUCGUUACCAUCUAUACUCUGCUGAGACGUGUACGCCCGGAAUGUGGCCAGAUUCAGCUGCCCAUCGAGCG